AUGGAAAAUAGAGCGCCUACUGUAGAGCUUUCCGCUACCAACGGUCACAAUCCUCAACAUUCGGGAAACCCACCUACAGAUAGCGGCACCUACGUAGUUUCGCCUAACAUACGCCCAGCUAUUUUGUCAACUGAUUGCUUACCUCCGUCGACCGCAGCACCAGACACCGCUAAGACAUCUAAUUCAAAACAACAACAUUUCACCCAAGACGUCAACUCGGUGAAGUGUACCUCAACCUCCAGCAAUCGCAAGAGGGGACGCCGCUCAAACUUGGAACGGCUUGAAUCUCAUCCCAGUCCAUCCAAUCAGAUCACUGACUAUUUUCCCAGCAAUACACCAGCCUCACCAACCGACACAUCUCCACCUGCUAAAAUUAUUCGCUCUUCCGCUCCACCAAUGAUAACCCAGCAAUCACCCUCGGAUACGCAGAGACCCAUGUCCAUGGAGCAAUUUAUGACUCCAAUCGCUCAAACUACUGACAUUUCUCCUUCAAACGCAACUCUUUCUCUCUCGGCGGUCUUACAGACCCUACGAACAUGGAGAGAUGAAGACAAAGCUGAACAACUGUCUAUAAAAAAUGAGCUCUUAGCCGAAAUAAGCGCUGCACGAACAGAACACACGGACCUUCUCAACAAACAGACAAAAAGGCUUCAAGAAGAAAAUGCGCAACUUAAACGCCAAGUUCAAGAUCUCACAGCUCGUGUCACAGUACUCGAGCUUAACGCAAAUACUCCGGAAGCCGAGGGAAACGCCACUCACGGUAAUCUAGCCGCCUUAGAGGCAAGACUCGUCAAGGCAAGUAUAAACUCCUUUGACAAGCUAACUAGAAAAAACAACAUCAUUGUAAGAGGUUUAGUCCCAGAUACUCGCAGCGCUUCAGAGGCACUCGCUGACUUCAUCAGAGAGCACUUCAAGAUAGAACAUGCAGUUCUUUCGGCCAAUUGGAUCUUCAGGAGAAAUAAUACAAGAUCGAUCAAAGCUGUACUCCGAGACAACUCCGUGAAAACUCUAAUUAUGAACAAGAAAAAAAAUUUAAAGGUCGACGUUUUCAUUGACCAUGAUCUCACGCCGUCUGAGGAACUCGCAGCCAAUAAACUCCGUCACGAAGCCAAAAAACUACGUAACGAGGGUAAGAAGAUCAAAUUUGGCCAUCAGCGCAUUUACUCGUACCAAUCUCCAUCUGGGAUGAAACACAACUUCAGCACGACCCCAACCAUAACCAAAAUAGCUCAGCUUGCAUCUCAAUGGACGCGCAAAAUCAGUUUCAAUAACCUAGCCGGCUCCGACAACACUACAAGCAGCAACAACAGUUUUACAACAUUAACGUUCUGGAAUGUAAGAGGUUUACCCAACAUCAACGACUUUACUAACUUCCCUGGGAGCAUUCUUUGUAUUUCUGAGACAUGGUGCACUUCAACCAAGGUCCCCCUACAUAUCAACUUUAGCAACUGGACAAAAAUUGUAUCUCCAGCUAUAAAAAGCAAAACACGCGGACGUGGUAGUGGUGGUCUUCUUUCGCUCAUACAAGGGCAGGCAGUUACAAUCUUAAACAAAAGUAGAGACUGGAUAUUCUUUAAAUGCAACACAAACGGGCUCACACUCAUCACCGGGUCUCUAUACUUCAAACCAGACCAGAAAGACCUCAACUCGUCUCUGCAUAACCUACAACUGUUACUCAAUGAUAUUCUAUCCCAAGACCACGAUGUAGCCCUCAUUGGGGGAGAUUUUAACGCAAGAAUAGGAAACCCACUCCACGAAGAUGAAAGCAUGCUUGAAGGUUCUAACCUUCUAUCUUCCAGAAUAACCUGUGACAAUACAACCAACAAGCAAGGCACAACAGUCCUAGAUUUCAUGUCCUCCAAUGGUUUCAUCCUCUUAAACGGCCGUACAUCUAGUGAUCACCCAGGUGGCUACACAUUUAGAAACGCUAUAGGAAAAAGUAGGGUCGACCUCAUCUGGAUCAACAUCCUUGGCAUCAACCACGUCAAGGACAUGAAAAUAGAGUAUAUCAUCACUAACUCAGAUCACUUACCUGUCACAGUCAUUCUAAACUCUAUCAGACAGGAAAACAGCGUCAUAUCACCCGCAUGCUCUACUCCGACUCCUAAGCUAAGCUGGAACCCUCUAUACGCAGAUACUUUCCGUGAAACGCUACGCUGGUCCUCUUCAAUAGCUCAAGAUUUCGCUACAACCACAGUUAACACCCUCUCCGAUAUUCUCAGGGAAUCAAUAGUAAAUGCGGCCCGCUCAGCAAAAAUGUUUAUCAACAAACCGGGUACCGCACCACUCUCUUCUCACAAACCUUGGUACGACACCGAAUGCAAAAUCAAAAAACAGGAGAUCGUGCGCUAUCUGCAGCUCUGUAAAUCCAUGGACCAAAACUCGUCACUGUGGUCAUUAUACCUGGGGAAGAAGAAGGAGUACUUUUCUCUUCUCAAAACAAAAGCUAAGCAGUACCAAGAAGACAUAACAAACCAGUUUAAUCAUGUCAAAUGUCCAGCAGACUUCUGGAAAUUAGUCAAACUAUUUGAAAGGCACUCCUCUCCGGCUCACAACAUCCCUUUAGAUAUUUGGCACAACUACUUCACCAGCUCCUUUCCUCCUAAAAACACCAACUGCAUCAACUUAUCUCAGCUUCAUGAAGAUGCUUUGGACCAAGCUUUCACCCUGGAAGAGCUGAUCAACAGUAUCAACAAAAGUAAAAGAGGUAAAGCUCCGGGCGUGGACCCGAUCAGCAACGACUUUCUCAAAGAAAUGCCUGAAAAUUGGUAUCUCUUCACUCUAGCUUUCUUCAACAAAAUUUACGAGACGGAAUCCAUCCCGGACGAUUGGGCUAAGGUAGUCAUGUUCAUGCUAUUCAGAAAAGGAGAUAAUCUUGAUCCAGCUAACUAUAGAGGUAUGGCGCUAAUCAAUUCUUUAACCAAAAUCUUCACGAAAAUACUUCACGACAGACUCAGGCAGUGGGCGACAUCGCAGAAUUUAAACCCAGAAGAACAAGCGGGAUUCUGCGUAGGCAAAGGUACGACAGAUAAUGUAUUCGUCCUUCAAGCGGUAGUUCAUAUGCAGUUGCGUUUCCCUGAGACUACUGCUUACGCGCUAUUUAUCGACUUCAGAAAAGCCUUUGACAAAGUCCCUCACGGAAAACUAUGGACAAAACUUGACAAGCUGGGAGUCAGUAGUAAAUUCAUUAGAACACUGAAGGAUUUCUACGAUAAGGCAUCAAUGUACAUCAGAUCUGGCGCUACUCUAUCCAAUCCAAUCGAGGUGUCUGAAGGUGUUCUCCAAGGAGACGUGCUGAGUCCUUUGUUAUUCAUACUUUACCUUGCCGACAUCAACGAUUUCUUCAAAGCACAAGAAGUCGAAGGCCUAUACCUAGACUCAGUUACUCAAAUAGUCAUGCUACUUUUCGCAGAUGAGAUAGUAAUUGUCACACAUUCAGCUAAUAAACUCAGACUGGCUCUCAAGACAUUAGAAGAUUACUGUGAAACCAACGGUCUAACAAUCAACACAAGCAAGACCAGAAUAAUGGCCUGCAGAACCUCGGGUAGAUUAAGGAAGUCAGACCGCAAUAAUUAA